GACACGCCCACUCUGCUUUGCGUCAUCCAACAUGGCGGCAUACUUGAGCCGGUUGCACCACAUCUCACUGCACGUUUCUAACGUGGAUAAACUGGCUCAGGACCUGGUGUCUAAGCUCCAGUUCAGCGUGUUCGCCGCCAGACUGACGGCCGGAGCUCGGCAGCUCGCCUUCCGCAAGGGAGCCGCGGUGUUCGUGCUCACGGAGAGACCGCGCUGCGGCGGAGAGGCGGCGCUGCUGCUGGAGCACCGGAACCGGCGGCUCGCUCAUUCACACGGGGACCAUGUCGGUCCGGGACGCGUCGGUACCGUCCUGUACGACGUGCAGCCGCACUACUCGGUGGAUACCGCGUGCAACGUGUGCUUCCAGGUCGAGGACGUCGAGAGGUCAUCGGAGUCGCUGCGCGCGCGCGGCUGCGACUUGCUCGUGCCGCCGACGCGCGUCCAUGACGACGGCGGUCUCGUGACUUACUCGGUCGUGAAGUCCAUCGUGGGCAACGUCUGCCACACGCUCGUGGAUACGAGUCGGUACCGAGGGCCCUUUCUGCCCGGAUUCUGUGAGGUCGGGACCGGAGCCGAGGCGGAGGAGGACACGCGGUGUCCCGUGACGCAUUUUGAUCACGUCACGUACGCGUGUCCGAGACGCAGCACGGCCGAGGUGAUGCGCUGGUACGAGAGGAACUUCGGCUUCCGGAGGUUCUUCAUCAGCAGGAAGGAGGACGCAGAGGAAGGCUACGUGUUGGAUGAGGACGGAAUCGGUCUGCGUCUGACCGCCAUGGAGUACUGGAAAUGCAGCGAGACGGGAAUCAAGCUCCCUUUUAAAGACAGGAAGGAGCCGGACUGCAAGUUCGUCAUCGCUGAAUCUCUGCCUGAGCAGGGCAGGAAUCAGGUGGACACGUUUCUGGAGCAGCAUGGCGGUCCGGGCAUCCAGCACAUCGGCCUGUUCACGCAGGACAUCGUGUCCACAGCACACACCAUGGCCAACGCCGGCGUUCAGUUCUUCUCUCCUCCUGCGGCCUACUACACCGAGGUGGGGAGGCAGCAGGAGAUCGAGGAGGCGGGGCAUGAUCCGAAAACGCUGAUGCAGCACGGCAUCCUGUUAGACACAGACCUCCGGGUGAAUGGCGAUGAUCCGAGCGCAUGCAGUAAGAGCUACCUGCUGCAGGUGUUCACCAAGCCCAUCUUCUCCGAGGACACAUUCUUCCUGGAGCUGAUCGAGCGCCGUGGAGCCACCGGGUUCGGAGAGGGCAACAUCCGAGCUUUAUGGAGAUCCGUUCAGUCUUACAUGGAGAAGAACGAGGGUGAUCAGGGGCACUCAAAUACUAAAAGCAAGCAAACUGGACAGCACUGAGGUCUGACCAAGUGAACACCUCAUCAGAUUAAUUAAAUAUGUUAAUUUAUGCAGGACAUGCUCUCUAUUUAUAACUCUGGCACUUGACACUCCUGUAAAAAUAACCUGUGUGGUUUUGGUUAAACUCUUGUUUUUGUAAAACUCUAAUAUGUAUUUCAUUUUUGAGAAGUAAAAAUUAAAUUUUCUCCAAGCUGCA